AUACAUACAGAAUUUUAUAGAAAAUGACAAAUGUAAAAUAAAUCUUGGAUUGAAAAAAUUGGAUUGGAAUCCUAUAAUAUAUUCGCACCAACAGAAGCUCCCAAAUAUUUUAAAUAGCAAAUUUAUGGCAUGGAUCGUUAUACAUCUUCACUUGGAAUUACGAAAAAUAUCCCGUGACAUAGAUUCAAUAUUCGGAACACAAAUGACCUUCAGAAUGGCAUGUGAUUUUGGUUGGUUAGCAUUAGAUUUACGUGCAUUUUUCUACACAAUACUUAUCGACGAUUACGUGAAAUUUAGAAUAAUAUCUGCCAUUCUAAAUUCACUGGUUUUUUAUAAUGUUUUCAAAUUCCUGCUAAUUAAUUACAUGUGCGAAACAGUUAGCACCAAGGCAAGAAUAACAGAAGAUUUAAUGAACAGAUUAUCGUAUUUCACUUAUGACGAUGAAGUUCGUAAAAUUAUUUCGCAAUUUUCAUUGCAAAUGAUUCACGCACCACUUAAAUUCUACGGGAUCGGACUCUUUCAGUUUGGCUACAAAUUUCUUUACAGGUUUAUCAUGAUGAUUGCAACUGUUUUAAUUAUUAUAAUACAAGCCCAUACAAAUGAGUAA